UGAAGUUGCAUCAGGCGACCGGCACCUCACAGCGAGCGCACUCUUCGUAGCGAUUCAAGCGUCAGGCACGGAAGCCAUGAGGUUGUAUGUCAGCGAGGGGAACCCGCAGUGCUUGAAAGUCCUCGCGGCGUUCGAAUUAUCCGGGGCGCAGUGCGAAGUGGAGGCGGUGAGCCAUGAAGAGUGCAUUGUGCCAUUUCUUGGGCAUUCAAAGCUGCCUGCCCUGUUGCUGGACAACGGUAACUUCCUGUUUUCUUCAAAUGUCAUUUGUCGAUACCUCCUGACGUCGGGUGGAGAUGAGACGAGCACCGCUGUGGGCCAGUGGCUGGAGUGGGAGACGCUGGAUCUGCAGCCUGUUGCCCUGCACGCCCUGCGCCUGGCUGUUCUGCAGGACAAGAAGAGCGAGGCACUGGAAAGUCUCCGGCCGAGCCUGUCCUAUAUCGAGCGGAGCUUACAGAAGACCGGAAAGACCUUUCUGACAUCGGAUGAACUGUCGGCUGCAGAUGUCGUUUUGUGGGGGACUCUGUAUCCACUUCUCUCUGAGCCCAUGCUAUUGACAGCCGUGGACUUCAAAGCUCUAACUGCCUGGUUUCAGAGAGUGGGCUCCUUUCCGGCUUGUAAGAAAGCAUCAGAUGGCACAUUCAAGGGGCACGGCCUACAGAGUUUGAAGUCGUACCUUCAGAGGCAGCCGACAAACUCCACGCAGGCCACUAGAGCGACAACGGACGAUCCGACGGUAGACGAUGGUGAUGAGCGACUGCUGACCGAUGAAGAGAUCCAAGCUGCUGUGCAGGCCUGGUCAAAGGGUUUGACUGCUUGUCCUAAGCGUAGGCAGAUCGUGCACCCGAUUCUUCCUCAGCAGGAUGAGAGGAACAUUCUCAUCACAAGCGCCCUGCCAUAUGUCAACAAUGUGCCUCAUCUGGGCAACAUCAUCGGCUGUGUUCUGAGCGCUGACGUCUUUGCCAGGUUCUGUCGUCUUCGCAACUGGAACACUCUGUUUGUGUGCGGGACGGACGAGUAUGGAACGGCAACAGACAAGGCCAUGGAGGAAGGUCUCACGCCUCAGGAGAUCUGAAAGUACAAUGCCAUCCACACGCAGAUCUACCACUGGUUUGGCAUUUCCUUUGACUACUUUGGACGGACCACCACAGCGAAGCAGACGGAGAUUUCCCAGGACAUCUUUUGGCGGCUCUUGAAGCGUGGCUUCCUAUUGGAGGACACAGUGGAGCAGCUCCACUGCCAGCGCUGUGCCAAGUUUCUAGCUGACCGCUUUGUAGAGGGUGUCUGUCCAUUCUGCAGCUACCCAGAGGCUCGGGGCGACCAGUGUGACAAGUGUGGCAAACUGAUCAAUGCUGUCGAGCUCAAGAAUCCACAGUGUAAAGUGUGCAGAGACACCCCGGCAGUGAGGACAUCCAAGCAUCUGUUUUUGGAUCUGCCCAAGCUAGAGGGCCGGCUGGAAGAAUGGCUGGAAACGACUUUGGAGAAGGGCAACUGGACCCCCAACGCGCGCUUCAUUACCCGCUCCUGGAUCCGAGACGGGCUGAAGCCUCGCUGCAUCACACGGGACUUGAAGUGGGGCACGCCGGUGCCACUUGAGGAGUUUGCUGAGAAGGUGUUCUACGUUUGGUUUGAUGCCCCCAUCGGCUAUCUGUCCAUUACUGCAAACUACACUGACCAGUGGGAAAAGUGGUGGAAGAACCCAGACAAGGUGCAGCUCUACAACUUCAUGGCCAAAGACAACGUGCCGUUCCACAGUGUUGUGUUCCCUUGCUCUUUGCUCGGGGCUGAGGACAACUACACCUUGGUGAACCACUUAAUCGCCACAGAGUACCUCAACUAUGAAGAUGGCAAGUUCUCCAAGAGCCGUGGGGUGGGCGUCUUUGGAGACAUGGCUAAAGACACGGGCAUCCCCGCGGAUAUCUGGCGCUUCUACCUUCUCUUCAUUCGCCCUGAGGGGCAGGACAGUGCCUUCUGUUGGAGCGACCUGCUGCUGAAGAACAACUCGGAGCUGCUCAACAACCUGGGUAACUUCGUGAACAGGGCUGCCAUGUUUGUAUCCAAGUUCUUUGAGGGGCGUGUGCCGACCAUGGAGCUGAACCAAGAGGACCAGAGGCUGCUUGCGCUAACGACGUGGGAGCUGCGCCAGUACCUGCAGCUUCUCGAGAAGGUUCGAAUCCGGGAUGCUUUGAAGUGCAUCCUGAAUAUCUCUCGCCAUGGAAACCAGUACAUCCAGGUGAACGAGCCUUGGAAACGGCUGAAGGGGAGUGACGCGGACCGGAGCCGAGCGGCGACGGUCACAGGUGUGGCCGUCAACAUGGCAUGCUUGUUGUCGGUGAUGCUGCAGCCAUACAUGCCAACGGUCAGUGCGACCAUCCAGGAGCAGCUGCAGGCGCCCCCCCUGUGCAACAUGCUAACUGAAGAGUUUGUGUGCAUCCUGCCGGCAGGGCACAAGAUUGGCACAAUCAGCCCAUUGUUUCAGAAACUGGAGGUGGAGCAGGUGGAGGCCCUGAGGCAGCGCUUUGGAGGACAAAAGCCCGAUAAAGCUGUGGAGAAGCAGGAGGCAACAACCACCACGACCACCACCAUCGACGAUGUGCAGGAACUGGCCAAGGCCGUAGCUCAGCAGGGAGACAAGGUCCGCCAACUCAAGGCCCUUGGCACCGAGAAGGCAGUAGUCAACAGUGAGGUGGCACGCUUGUUGGAGCUAAAGAAGGCACUGCAGGUGGCCCAAGGAAAGACCCCAGUUCAGAAGGAAAAGAAAAAGUGACAAACCAAAUAAUCCAGACCUCCAGUCCUGUGUGCUGAUCCUGUCGUGAACGUUUGACAUUCAAAUUUUAGGAAUGGGAUUUAAGAGUUCUUAUUUAAAUUAAUAAAAUGAAGGGACCAACCAGUCUCAAAAUUAA